AUGAAAAAUAAAACGAUUCAAUUGAUUGUACUGUUUUUGAUAUUAAUUACGUCGGACUUAACAUUCGGAAAAGGAAACUAUAACAAGAAGAAUCUUAGAACACAUCAGCAGAAUAAGAAACAUAAUAACACAAAAACUAAAUUUGAAAGUGAAAGAAUAAAACGGUCUACUAACGAUUUUGGUACAGUACAGUUUUGGACAAAUAAAGAAAUCGUUCGUCCAAAAUAUUUCAAUAGUGAGGAUUCGCUUCAAAAUAUUGAAGACGCUCCUAUAUAUGGAAAAAUUCAUAACGAACCACCAUUUUGGGCUAUACGUGGGCGAAGAGAUAGUUCUUCAUCAGAAAUCUAUACUGAACCUCAUAGUCUCGAAAGUGAUAGACAUGAUUUACAGCAAAAUUAUGACCAUGUAACAAAAAUUGGUUUAUGGAAUGAACCAGAUUUGAAGCAUCCAGCUAAUUUCUGGGCCAAUCGCGGCAGACGCAAUCCAUUAGACUUUGAUAGAAGUUUCAUGCUUGAGCCGUCAUGGGAAAGAGACCUUAGACAAGAAAAUGACCCUUUUUGGGGAAACAGAGGAAAGAAAGAAGAGGCUUUUUGGAGCAGCAAAGGUAAAACGGAAGAAAAUCCAUUUUGGGCUAAUCGUGGUCGAAGACUUGAUCAGCUUGAAGACCGAGCAAACCGAGAUAGUAACACUGAUGUUGAUCCUUUUUGGGGUAGCCGUGGCCGGCGAAAAGAUAUGGAAUUUAUUAAAGACCACAAAAAAGAAAAUUUAAAACAAUCCAUUUUAAAUGCUAUCAACGACGUUGAGAAGGACGUAAAAACUCUUUCAAGAUUACGACGGAGUCCGGGCGCUGGCUUAAAUUUUUGGUUAAAUCGAGGUCGAGACAGUAAAUUAAAACAUCUGUUCAACAGAAACUCGAACAAUAAAGCAUAUGUAUCGAACGCUGGAGGCAGUACCGUAAAUACAGUUAAUCCUUCAAAUGCUGAAACUUUAUCGGAUAGCCGAAUAUACGCAGACGAACCUCAUUAUAUCUUAUUGGAAAGAAACAGCAGAUCAUCUGCAGAAGACGACCCCUUCUACAUAUCACGCGGUAAAAAAUAUUAUCUGAAAUAUAACUUAGGACGACCUGGUAGAGACAGACGAGGCGCUAUUGAAGAGAUAGUAAAAUCUGUCCGGAACGACCCUUAUUACAUAGCGCGUGGAAAAAAGGAUCUUACUAAUGAAAAUUCAACACAACGUAACCAAUAUUCGAAAAUCAAAGAACUAGUCUGUACUGCGAUUGAUAUGGUGCUUAAAAAAAACAACGGUGACGUAGUAAAAAGAGAUAUUACUGACAGCGAAAGGGAUAGACGAACUAUUUUGAAGAAACUGGCAGCUCAAUUGCAAAAUGAUCCGUAUUUUGCCAGUAGAGGUAAGAAGAGCUCUGCAGACGAAGGUAAUCAUCUAAAUGAAUUCAUUGACAGUAUUGCCGAAAAAUGUUCUUAA